UCUCCUCCAAACACGCCCACGAGCGCCCCGCGCCCCAAUCAGCUUCAAGCCCAGCUCGUGGGGGCCGGAGGAAGGGGCUGCGGCUGCGGCUUCUUCGCGGAGUGUGCGUUGGAGCUUCUCCGUAGCCAUGAGUAGGGGUCGGAUCACGGGGCUGACAGUCAGCGACGUCCGGUUCCCCACCUCUCUGGCCCGCCAUGGCUCAGACGCUAUGCAUCCUGACCCCGAUUAUUCAGCAGCCUAUGUUGUCAUAGAAACCGAUGCUCCUGAUGGACUCAAAGGUUGUGGAUUAACAUUUACGUUGGGUAAAGGCACUGAAGUGGUUGUCUGUGCAGUCAACGCACUUUCCAUCCAUGUAGUUGAUAAAGACUUGGAUGAAAUCAUCAGCAAUUUUCGAGGAUUCUACAGGCAACUAACCAGUGAUGGGCAACUCCGAUGGAUUGGUCCAGAGAAAGGAGCUGUGCAUUUAGCUACAGCUGCCAUUCUGAAUGCUGUCUGGGAUUUAUGGGCUAAACAAGAAGGGAAGCCUCUUUGGAAAUUGCUGGUUGACAUGGAUCCUAAACAAUUAUUAUCGUGCAUAGAUUUCAGAUAUAUUACUGAUGCACUGACAGAAGAAGAAGCUUAUACAAUACUUCAAAAUGGUCUGGUGGGGAAAAAAGAAAGAGAAGAGCAAAUGCUAAAGCAUGGCUACCCAGCUUAUACCACGUCAUGUGCCUGGCUUGGCUAUACGGAUCAGCAACUUAAACAGCUGUGUACUGAAGCGCUGAAGGAUGGUUGGACCAGGUUCAAAGUGAAAGUUGGAGCAAAUCUCCAGGAUGACAUUCGGAGAUGCAAACUUGUUAGAGAAAUGAUUGGGCCUGAAAAUAUACUGAUGCUGGAUGCUAACCAGCGAUGGGAAGUGGAAGAAGCCAUAGAGUGGGUUGCUAAACUAGCUGAAUUCAAGCCACUAUGGAUUGAGGAACCAACUUCCCCUGAUGAUAUCCUUGGGCACGCAACCAUUUCUAAGGCUUUGGCACCAUUAGGAAUUGGUGUUGCAACAGGAGAACAAUGCCAUAACAGAGUGAUAUUUAAGCAGCUCCUUCAGGCUCAGGCCCUAAGCUUUGUCCAAGUGGAUAGCUGCAGGCUGGGUAGUGUCAAUGAAAACCUGUCUGUGUUUUUGAUGGCCAAGAAGUUUCAAAUCCCUGUUUGUCCUCAUGCUGGAGGAGUUGGACUUUGUGAGUUGGUGCAACACUUGAUAAUAUUUGACUACAUUUCAAUAUCUGGUAGCCUUAAGAAUAGGAUGUGUGAAUACAUGGACCAUCUACAUGAACAUUUCAAGAAUCCUGUUGUAAUCGUGAAUGCAUCCUAUAUACCACCCCAGGCAGCUGGAUAUUCCACUGAAAUGAAAGACGAUUCAGUAAGGAAGUAUCAGUUUCCACAAGGAGAAGUAUGGCAGAAGCUCCUGUCUGAACGUAACAUACAGCUGAAAUAGACUUAAUUUUUAAGCAGAAGAUCAAAUGCCCCUGAGCUGUUUUGCAACCGCAAAUCGUUGUUUUUGCUGAACUAUGUGAGGAUUUCAGAUUCAAAAGAUACGUUUUACGUAAGCUGGGGAAAUCUUUCUGAAACCAAAAUAAAUUGCCUUCCUAAUGGUACAAUUUUUGAUUAGUUCAAGAAUAGGUAAAAAGGUAAAGGUAGUCCCCUGUGCAAGCACCGAGUCAUUACUGACCCCUGGUGGGAUGUCGCAUCAUGACGUUUUCUUGGCAGACUUUUUACGAGGUGGUUUGCCAUUGCCUUCUCCAGUCAUCUACACUUUACCCCCAGGAAACAGGGUACUCAUUUUACUUACCCCAGAAGGAUAGAAGGCUAAGUCAACCUUGAGCUGGCUAUCUGAACCUGGCUUCUGCCAGGAUCGAACUCAGGUUAUGAGCAGAGCUUGGGCUGCAGUACUACAGCUUGCCACGGGGCUCAAGAAUAAAAAAAUCUUUUAAUACUUAAGCUUAAAAAAGUUUGUGAUUUACCUUUCUUGAAGCUAUUGCAAAAAAUACAGGACUAUAUAAUGAAGGAUCUCUUUUUAUUGUGCCUGGUUGAUGCAUUUGAAAGUUUCAAAUAAACUAUACAAAUGCUGUGUA